AACUUGAUAUAAGUUGACGUUGCAUGCCAUCUCUAGAGUAUAUUUAGGUUCUGAUCUAAUGGUUAUCGGUUUAACAACUUCUUUGCUUUCGCAAUUAGUUUUUGUUUGAAUAAUCUCUUCACAGACAUGUCAACCAUAGGGCAGAGAGGAAUUCAAUACUUGCGCAAACUAAAUGCUGCAAAUGUCCCGGCCGCUUUGCUAGAAAAGGGCCAAGAUCGUGUUAUUAAUGCUUCCCUUGCUCUUAUUCGUGAGAGUGCAAAGCUUAAGGGAGAGCUCGUUCGUGCUCUAGGAGGCGCUGUUGCAUCGUCAGCUCUUCUUGGAGUUCCUCUAGGACAUAACUCGUCAUUUCUUCAGGGGCCUGCAUUUGCGCCUCCUCGCAUAAGAGAAGCCAUCUGGUGUGGUAGCACAAACUCAACUACCGAAGAAGGGAAAGAAUUAAGUGACCCACGGAUCCUAACUGAUAUUGGUGACGUCUCAAUUCAAGAAAUUCGAGAUUGUGGUGUGGAUGAUGACAGAUUGAUGAAUGUCAUUAGUGAGUCUGUUAAGCUAGUUAUGGAUGAGGAUCCACUGCGCCCAUUAGUUCUAGGUGGUGAUCACUCAAUAUCUUUACCUGUUGUCAGAACUGUCUCUGAGAAACUCGGGGGUCCUGUAGAUAUUCUUCAUCUUGAUGGCCACCCGAAUCUCUACCAUGAAUUUGAAGGAAAUAAGUAUUCACAUGCUUCUCCUUUUGCCCGAAUCAUGGAGGGUGGUUAUGCUCGGAGGCUUUUGCAGGUUGGCAUUAGAUCGAUAACAACUGAAGGGCGUGAACAAGCCAAAAGAUUUGGAGUGGAGCAAUUUGAAAUGCGAGCCUUUUCAAGAGAUCGCCACCUUCUGCAAAAUCUGAAACUAGGGGAAGGUGUCAAAGGAGUGUAUAUCUCCAUAGAUGUGGAUUGUCUUGAUCCUGCAUUUGCUCCAGGUGUGUCUCAUAUUGAGCCAGGGGGUCUCUCGUUCCGUGAUGUUCUCGACAUCCUCCAGAGUCUCCACGGCAAUGUUGUUGCUGCAGAUGUGGUUGAAUUCAACCCUCAGCGCGACACUGUUGAUGGCAUGACUGCAAUGGUUGCCGCCAAGCUGGUCAGGGAACUCGCUGCCAAGAUCUCAAAAUGAUAAUAAAAACCCUGUUUUCCUUUCAACAGUAAUUUAACAUUCUCCCAUGGCUGCAAUUUAAAUGCUUGAUUUCCAGCGUACCAAACAUUAUUUAAUCCUUUGAAAUCAGAAAAAACAGGGUUUAUUUGUCUGGAUUUGCGUUAAAACCAGUAAUGAUAUGGUUGCACGUUCUACCUCAUCUCCAGCCGAAAGGAAAAGCAGACAAAACUUUGAGA